UAGCCAAUGAGUGCCGUGAUUUAUUUUUGUAUUUUAUUUUUUACUGACAGCCUUGAUGUACGAUUUUAGGUGGAGAUCAAGGAGAUGAGUUCAAAGAUUUGGCACUUUGAAGUUCCACCUAGACUGUAUUUGGAAUGUUUCCCUGAGUUGGCGCUCAUCCCUUUCAAUUGAAAGCACUGUAAUGGGCCACUAGAUGGCGCCACAAGGUCACAACCCUCAGUCUGAGUCGCUGAUUCAUCAUUUCAGAGGAUGUGCUUUCGAGUGGCUUUAAAUAGGUUUGGCCUUGCCAUCUCGUGCCUUCUGUUCUUCCGCUCCCACAGAUGGACAUAUAAGGUUCGGUGACCAUGUGUGAUUCAGAGCUAGAAUACUCCCCAUGCAGUCCUACACCAAUCUGUCCGACACGACUUGGCUUUUUCAGCUUUUCAUUCACCGUGCCAAUUGUAAAUGAGUAUAGGUGUUAUGUACUUGUGUGGGUUAGUUUUUUUGUGUGCGCGUGUGUGUGAGUGUGUAGCGGCGGCGGUGGGAACGGCAGCCAAGAUGGCGGCGCUGAAAGAGGAGCGGAGCUACGGGCUGUCCUGUGGAAGAGUAAGCAACGGCAGCAAUGUCUCCGUUUUCCACGUCAAACUCACUGACAGCGCGCUGAGAGCCUUCGAGGGUUACCGCGGCGGCAAGGUCCUGUCAUCACAACCAUUGAUCACAUUUAAUGGAAACCAAGGGAAAAUUUCAAUACCACGGUCGGAAAAUUCCAAUGAACUGCACACGUUUACUUUCUACCUGUCCAACGUGGGCAGAGACAACCCGCAGGGCAGCUUUGACUGCAUCCAGCAGUACAUCACCAGCGAGGGUAGCAUUCAGCUGGACUGCUUGGGUGCCAUCCAAGACAAGAUUACUGUAUGUGCCACAGACGACUCUUACCAGAAGGCUCGAGAAAGCAUGGCCCAGGUCGAGGAAGAGACGCGCAGCAGGGGCGCCAUUGUCAUCAAGCCCGGCGGCAGAUUUGUCGGCAAAAGGGUUCAGAUCCGGAAACCGGCAUCGGCCCUGUCCGACGUGGCCCCCUCGCGCAGGACCUCUCGGCCCGUCAUCAUCUCCAGCAGCGCGGUCAAGAAAGCGAGCGCUCAGCACAGGCCGCUCCGAGAGCGCCUGGUGCACCUGCUGGCCCUCAAGCCUUACAAGAAGCCCGAGCUGCUCCUGAGGUUGCAGAAAGACGGCCUCUUGCAGUCUGACAAAGACUCCCUGGACAGCCACCUGCAACAGGUGGCAAACUUGAAUGGGAAAGAUAAUACCCUCACAUUGAAAGACUGCUUAUAUAAGGAAGUUCAUAAAGACUGGCCCGGAUACACGGAAGGAGACCAGCAGCUUCUUAAGAGAAUCUUGUUCAGGAAACAGUGCCAGUCUCAGAACAAUGCAGCUCCUCCACCAGAGAGCCCGCCCAAGGAUUUAGCCAGCAGCUCACCGUCACAGAAACGUCCUGCUGUAGACUUCAUCGACCCCUUGGCCAAUAAGAAGCCGAGGAUAUCGCACCUUGCCAGCAAAGCUGCACCAAGUCCUAACAAUGGCAAGGUCAGCUCAUCCAACGGCAAAGCGGAGGCGGGCGGCGCGCAGGCAGGACUCGGCGCUCACCUGUCAGACAGCGCCCUGACAUCCAGCUCCCAGCCCCUCGCCAUGCUGGAUAUCCCCCGACCGUUUGAAGCGCUAUCAGACGUCAGCAACGACUCGAACCACAACGGCAGAGACUGCGACGCCCAGGAAACAACAGCUGAGAGGCUUUCCCAAGCGCCUUCGCUUCCUCCAGGCACGACCGCGCGCCCCGCCAGCGCGUCCCCAACUCCGCUUCCGCGUGACCGGAGUCCGCCAGCCGCCACCGGUAGCAAAAAGCCCAAGAAGAAAUCCAAGAAGCAUAAAGACAAGGACAAGAAAGAUAAGGGGAAAGCCAAAGGCCAAGAGGAGAAGGAGAGGAAAAGUCCACACUCUGUGGCUGAGCCUGUUAGGACCUGUGAGAUGAGCCCAGAAAACCUCAAAAGCAACAGUAUUCCACUCAAAAGCACAACUCUGAACGGGAUGUGCAACAGUGCCAGUAUUUCAUCGUCAUCGGAGGUGGCCGACUACUUAUUGAAGUACACGGUGAUCACGUCUCCAGAGCAGCGUCAGAGGUAUAAAAACGACUUCAACUCGGAGUACAGCGAGUACCGCGGUCUGCACGCUCGCAUCGAAAGCAUCACCAGGCACUUCUCCGAGCUGGACAACGAGCUGAAGAAGUUGCAACAAGGCACAGAGAAGUACAAGACAAUCCACAAUCAGAUACUCCAAGAGUAUCAUAACAUUAAAAAGAUCAAUCCCCAUUAUAGCCAAGAGAAGAACCGCUGUGAAUAUCUGCACAACAAACUGGCACAUAUCAAAAGAGUCAUCGGCGAGUACGAUCAACAGCAACUCUGAAA